AAUCCAAACUCCGAGUCAUUCAUCCAUCCUGAGGGCCGAAUAACCACAGCGCCGACCGUCGACUAAGCUGCGCCGUAUUAACAUCUCAUCCGAGCUUGUAAUUACUGAAACAUUUCCUCAUGAAUCGCGUUGUUAAGCUGUUGAUCAACAAAGCAGUGGUCAACUGCCCCAAACCUUCCCGUGGUUUUUCAGUCUUGCUUAACGAAAAUUCAAAGACGCCCAUCAAAUUUCAGUAUUUAUGCAGAAAGAAUGCUGUCAAUGUACAAUCUAAAAAUUUCUCGUCAUCAUGCAACAAAAGAGAAGUUCACAAUGCCACUGUACUAGACGAACGUGCACUGGAAGAGGAGGCAGAAAGAAAAAUAGGAUGGGUGUUGAAGCUAAUUUUUGCAGGGACUGCAACUGUCAUUGGCUACAACAUAUUUCCAUACAUGGGAGAAAAUGUGAUGCAGCAGUCUGUAUCACUUUUACGCGUGAAAGAUCCUUUGUUCAAAAGAAUGGGAGCAUCCCGAUUAGCGCGUUUUGCCAUAGAUGAUAAAAGGAGAAUGCAAAUAGUUGAAAAGGGAGGAGCUCGGGAGCUCGUAAAUAUGUUAGCGUCUGCAAAAGAUGACCGUACUCGAAAGGAAGCUUUGAAUGCUCUGGUUGCUCUCUCAAAGUCAGAUGAAGCUGUCGGGGCUUUACAUGAAGCUGGAGCAAUAGCUAUCAUCAGAUCCACUCCAGAUUCCGUGGAGUAUAAUGAUAUUCAGAAAUGCAAGUCCAACUUGCUGAGUCGGUUUCAGAAUUUGAGAUACGAUAUUUCAUCUUCGGAUAGUGAUGACAAUAGUUUUGAAUCACCAAUUCCCAGAUCUGCAUAGUUGACUAGGGAAUUAAUUUUCGGUACCCGAUCUAUUACCCGUCUGCAAUAAAUAAAAAAGAAUUCCCUAGUUUGUGUUGAUGCUAAGUUUAUGGCACUCUUAUAGGAUGGAAAAACCAGAAACCUAUAUAGAUUGUGCUAAUUUUUUCACAUGUUUGUUGCUUUAUUUAGGUGGUGUUUGUUCUCCCUAUUUGGACUUAUGGUGUGUCGGAUAUUCAACGUAAAUGGUAAGGCUGCCCUUGCCGGAAAUUCAUUUGAAAUUUUCAAAUGAAAAAAAAAGGCUGCAAUUAUUUCUACUUGUUAUUUGUUA